UUUGCAAUUUUUUUUUUUCUUCUUUCUUUGUAUAUAGCUCAUCACUCCACAAUGGACUGGAACAGAGGCCAGAUCAUCGGCAGGGGCUCGUCGGCCACCGUCUCCGUCGCCACGUCAUCAAUCUCCGGCGAGAUCUUCGCCGUCAAAUCUGCCGAGCUUUCGCAAUCCGAGGCCUUACAGAGGGAGCAAAAGAUCCUCUCCUCGCUAAACAGUCCUCACGUGGUGAGCUACAUUGGCCACGACGUCACCAGAGAGAACUCCCACCUCGUCUACAACCUCCUCAUUGAGUACGUCCCCGGUGGCACGCUAAACGAUGCCUUGCGCCGCAAGAAACGCCCCGACGAGGCGGCGAUCGGGCGGUACACGAGAAAAAUCGUCCAGGGACUGGAGUACCUGCACUCUCUAGGACUGGUACAUUGUGACAUAAAAGGCGCCAACAUCUUGAUGGCCGAAACGGGCCCAAAGAUAGCGGAUUUCGGGUGCGCCAGGUGGGCUAAUUCUGGCGAUGAGGAGCGGCCGAUAAGCGGCACGCCGACGUUCAUGGCUCCGGAGGCGGCGCGUGGGGAGCACCAGGGGUGUGCCGGCGAUGUUUGGUCAUUAGGGUGCACAAUUAUCGAAAUGGCGAGUGGGAAUUCGCCGUGGUCUAAUUCGGGCGACCCGGUUAGCGUUCUUUAUCGGGUCGCUUAUUCCGGCGAGACGCCGGAGUUUCCGAGCUUUCUUUCGGAGAAAGCUGAGGAUUUCUUGGGGAAGUGUUUGAGGAGGAAUCCGGAGGAGCGGUGGACGGCUAGUCAGCUUUUGAAGCAUCCCUUUCUUGAGGAAUUAAGUUUAACAGAAGUUAAGGAAUCCGAUUCCUCGUGUUCUCCGACAAGCAUUCUCGAUCAAGGAAUUUGGAAUUGUCUCGAAGAUCAUACGUCGGAGAGUUUUGGUGGUACGAGAAGUGGGAAUUGGGCCGUUGAUAGGAUCGGAAAGCUGGCUCUGUUUUCAGGGGAGGUGACGUGGACUAGUGGGGACCAGAGUUGGGUCACGAUUAGAAGUGAUAAUGAUGAACAAAACAAUAGUUCAAUUAUGGAUUAUGGAAUGGAUUUAACUUCUUCUAGUUCUUGUAGUAGCGAAAGCGAUAUUUUCGGUGAUGAAAAUAUCAUAGAUAUUAAUAUUGUUGGGUUUUCACAGUGUCGGGAAAAAAGUGUAGUAGCUUUUAGAAAUCUCAUUUUUGAGAGGGACAGAGACGAUUUGUUAGUAAUUCCCCUCACUUCAACAUUUUUGAAAUCAUAAGAUUUUAUUCAAUACAGUUUUUU